CGGGUAUCCUUCGAAUUCACACCUUUUGUUUUUCCAAGGACACUUUUUGUAUGUAAAUUAGUUUAGUCUAUCUGAAUUGAGGUGUCUUGUUAUGCAUUCUUUGGCCAUAUGAACCUCCUGAUACAAGUAGCUGUAUGCGCUGCUCUAGCCUAGCGCAAACAUCUAGGAUAGUGAGCUCACAGGGAGUUUACUGUUUUAUACUCUAGGCUUCAUCUAUUUGGUUGUAGCUGGAGAUUAAUGCAUGAGGAAGUAACUCUUUCAACUCAUUUGAGAGUUAUAUAUACGUCCUUACAUACCAAUUGCCUGUCAAUACCUAGAUCAACUGCGCACUUUAUGCUAGAGGAAUAUCAAGUAUCCAGUAAGGCUGCUAAUGUUAAUGAAGCAUGGGGUAGUUAGUAUCGUUGAUUGUUCCUUCCACUUGAUGGUUUAGGGAGAUUCUUUGCAUUAGGGACGUGGUGUGUGCACCUCAGUAGCGAAUGUAUAACCUCUGUUUCGAUUAGGUACGAAUAUCAACAAACUCAUGGUGCCUCUCCUUGGGCAAGUUAUGAUGCAUAAUUCACUAUAAAUGGCUCAUCAGUUCCUAGCUUAUGUUAAUCAGUAUGAGAUUCCUCAUCCCCCUGUACUCAUUUUAUCAUUAAUAAUUCUUUUUCCCUUCUGUUUCUUAUCAAUACAUGUAUAUAUAUAUAUAUUUCAUCUGAGGCAUUGCACUCUGCCACCUAAUUACUAGCAGUCAAUUGCUAGACAGUCAUUUCAAUAUUUCACUGCUGUUCUUACUUAAGCUUCUCCAAGCAUAUAUCUGAAGUAGCAUUAGCCAAACCAUUCAUGGCCAGAGCCAUGCUAAAAUGAGUCAGUUCUCUAAUUUUAUUUGUUUCGUUGAACUCAAAGAGCUCAUCCUCCUUCCCUCCAAACAUCCCCGGCAUCCCUCCCGGUGUCGAGACCACCGACAAACUUCCCGACAUUUCUCUAUGGGUCCCCUCCUCCGCCGCCACCAAGCUCAUGCAGCCCCACUUCGACCAAAUCCUCGAAUCUCUCAUCCCUACUGUCUCCCUCAUCAUCAUUCAUCAUUGACAACUUCUUGUCCUAGACCCUCGAUUCGGCCAACGGAUACGGUAUCCGGUGAUACGUCUUCUUCGCAAUCGACAUGUUCUCUCUCUCUAACCUACACCUUCAAUCGAUGCUGUCAUGCCAAAGAGAGAAAAAAUGGUGGCAGCGGCGGCAUGCUCAACCGUACUUAUUUCCCAUGGAUCAAGAUCAAGAGAGAAAACGUUGAGCCUCUUUUCAUCAAACCGAAGUUCUUCGGCACAGGUUAUUGGGACAUUGAAGAACUUCUUAAAGAUUUGGAGGCAGUCGCCGGAGAAGGAGGCAGCGCUGUUGGAGAAAUUUUGGCUAAGUGCUGAUGGACAAAAGACAUCGUUUUUGGAGUUAGUAUUAGGUGGACUUUUUUUUUAAAUAUAUAUAUAAAGUCGAAAAGUAAUGCCAUGUAGAUUAAAAUGGCCACGUUGGCUUGCCAGGAUGGAGAUCUGAAGGUACACGUAAAAAAUCAGGCACCAUUUUUUUUUUUUUUUUGCGAGAUACAAACAACCAAACUUUGAUACGUUGGGUAUCUUUUGCACUUAUCUUUAUGGUGGGACAUUUCGUUAAAACGCUAAAACGAUGGGACAAAAAGUGAUAUUUACCAAAACUAAAAUGAUCACUUUCUCUAUCAAACAUGGCUUGGUUUAGAUGGAAGCUAAAGUGACUGGUUUUAACUGCUAUUUUUAGUUCACUUUAAUUUCUCAGGUAUUGUAUUGGUAGAUACUUCUUCCCAUUCAGAGUUACCAGAGUAUUAGAUUUUCAAAAACUUAUUUUUCUUGUUAGCUAAUGUAGUCUCUUUAAUAUGUAACAUCA